CACGCCCCAAACGGUCCGGAGUCUUCGAGAAUAUUUCAUGGCUAGGCGCCGAGCUAGGGUCUCCUAUCGCUACUAUUUCCUCCCGCUUUGCCGGUCCGGGGCGCGCUCACUUGCAUGCUUCCACUACGCACCGUCCAGCAACGUAUCAUGAGGAAAGUCCGAAAUACCUUUCAGUGAGGGUCACCCCAUGACCAAGUGAUGUCUGAGAUAGCAGCCGUCUCGAGUGAUCGUGUCAAAUCAAUACGAGAUCUAGCGGACGCCCAAGGAACAUCGAUCCCGCAGCAUUGCCAAUCGUAGAGAAAAUGAGAUCGAGGCGCAUCCGGCCCGAGUAACCUGGGCGCACAUCUGGGAUUUGGUACGAAGAAUGAAGAGGUGUGGUUGCACAGCCGGACGAUCGAUGCGGGGAGAUUACCAAUGAUCGAGGACGUCGCACCAAAGUCGUUGAUACUGACACGAAUGAAUCAAUGAAAUGGUUUGGAGGACGAACACGGCAACGUCGCCCUGGACCGUUGCUGUGUAUGAGCGGUUCCGUGCGAUUGUGUUCGGUGUAAUCCAAAUCUUGCUCGGCCACAAAACCGUCGAAGAAGAAAUUUGUAACACUGUGGUCGUUGGACUGGGAUUGGAGAUUUAAUUUGAUACA